GAGAGCAGGACGUGGACGAGCCAGACACGAGGAAGAAAAGUCUCCCGUUUUAAUUCAAGCCGACUUUCGUUAGGUCUCGGUCCCCAUCAUGUCAGUUCGUCGGGCCGGUUUGGUGCUACUGUGCGCGGUGUUGGCGGUGACUCGCGCCCGCAGGAGUUCACCGGAGCAGGAGGAUGUUCAGGAGAAAAUCAACAGCGCCAGAUGCAUGUCCAGGUGCCUCACUCUGCACAUGACUCAGCUAACCGCUGCCUUCAGACACCUCCAGAGUGACCAAGUUCUGGUUUGGUGUGAAAACCACAGGCGCUGCGGUCAGUGCCUUCAGCCAUGCAGAGAACUGUGGGAAACCAGGAAGGUGCUGUCUCCAAAAUCCUGUGAGAAGCAGACAGAGUGUGUGACGAGCAGGGAGUUUCUGGCUUCUCUGAGGUUGUCUCGCCAGGGUGACUGUUCCCCGCCUCAGCGAGCUACCGGAUUCGCUGCAGCUUGCGUGGAGAGCUGCUCGUCAGAUGAGCAUUGUCCCUCCCCGAGAAAGUGCUGUUCCAAUGGCUGUGGACACACUUGUCAAGCUCCAGCCAAUCUAUUCAAAGGUGUUCCCCUGAAGCCUCGCAGAGAGAUGAGCUUUGUGGAGGAUUCAGAGGGUCAUGUGAAGGUGGCGUGGGUGUCAAAGUUCAAUGUCAGCGUGGAGCCCGUCAUUUACAUGCUUCAGUCUCGCUGGAAUAUAGGCAUCCAUCCCAGUGAAGACCAUGCCACUCCAUGGACCACUGUUACCAUGACCCUCUCUGAAGAUGUGCUUCUGUCAGAUCUGAGACCUCAGCGCUGGUAUCAGUUCAGAGUAGCAGCCAUCAACAGUCAUGGCAGCAGAGGCUUCACAACACCAAGUAAACACUACAUCUCCAGUAAAGAUCCCUCCCCUCCAGAACCUCCAGUAAAUAUCAGAGUGAGCAACCAGACUUUAGAGUGGAUGAGUUCACAACCAGGGUCCCAAUUCACAGAAAGGACAAGAGGAAGUGGGGUCACAGUGGCGGUCUUAUUACGCUGGGAGCCCCCCAGAGAGGGAGACCUGCCGGUCCACAACUACAGAGUCACCUGGAUGUCUCGACAUAUACACACAGUGCAUAAACACACACACACUUUACAUGGACACACACGUGCAGUUCACAACAACAUGCACACACAGCCUACACACCCGCGCACAUCAGAACAGGGUAAAAAGGGGAGCAACAGCAGAGUGACAAAGGGGGCGCAGUGUGAGUUGUGGCUGCAGGGUCUGCUGCCUGCCACUUCCUACUUUGUGUCUGUCCAGACAGUAGCCUUCUGGGGUCAGAAGAGGCUGAAGAGUCCCAGAGCUCAAAUUGUGUUCACUACAAUAACUCAUACAGGCGAACACUUCUCCAAUGAGCUCCCAUCUUCCCUGUCACCCUCCUCCCCUUCCUCCUCUCUUCCUCACCCUGAAUCCCCUCCGAAUCCCGUCACCACUGACAACCUGCGCCUGGAGGUCGCCGCACCGCAUUACCAUGACAACCAGCUGCAGGUCAAGGUGUUCUGGAAGUGGCCUUACCACAGCAGACACCCUGGUCCAUACAUUUUGCGGUGGCAUCCACAUACCUGCGCUACUAAUGUUACAAGCACAGAGAGAACAACAACUGUGCAGGGCACCCAUCACACCAUCACAGGUCUGUUGUUUGCCUGUAAGUACCGGGUUGCUGUGGCAAUGAAGGCUGACCCAGGGUCAGAGGCUGUUGCCUGGGUUACGACCCCAACUUGCUCCUCCAUCAGGGUCAGAGGAGGCAAAACUUUGCCCUGCAACGCUGACGAGCGCCUCCUGGCAGGCAAAAAGGUGGUACUGCGUCCAGAACGACUGACUGCAUCUUUUCAACAAAUCAAUGGCACCUUAUUCACUACUUUUCGGUGGCGGAUGUCCCAGCAUGCACUGGACCCAGCAGCUGUCGAGGGGUUCCAGUUCACCUGGACGCUGCAGUCAGGGGUUACUAUGGCAACAGAGGGGCAGGAAGACACACUUAUUUCCCAGACACAGACAAUUGCUCCGUCUCAGCGGUCAGUGACAGUUCGUGGUCUUCAGAUGGACAGUGUCUAUCAGCUGCAGCUCCAGGUGUUAACAGCAGGGGGCAUCAACGGCACUGCAGUCUCCAAGACCAUACAUACUCCAGCUAUCAACGCCACACUUUGAUAGGCCCCAAACCCCUCAGCUGCCACUGACUGCUGCCCCCACAAUCAUCUUUGACAACAUCCACUUCUCUACUGUUUUCCACAGUUUAACAUGGUUUCAUUGCAGUUCAAGUGCAGACGACUUUAGCAAAGCUAUAAAAUAAAGAAAGUGUGAAGCACAAAGUAUAUUCCCAUAGGUAUUUCCUACUAGUUUUUCUUUCACUUUAAUCACUUUUCAAACAUCAGGAUGGCUGUAAACUUGCUCUAAUGGAAAUAAUGAUUUGCGUUUAAUCUCUCAGCUGAUGCAAAGGUUGUCGACUUAGACUAUAUCAUUGUGUAAAAUUUUCUAAAUUUACUGUACCUGUACAUGGUGCCAGUUUAAAAAGCAAUACGGACUUACAGUUAGUCUUGGCAGUGCAGUGUGCAUCCGUAAACCAUAUUUUCUCCAUUUUUUUUUAAAAAAAACGACGCAUUUUCCAAACAAUUCCUCUUGGCAUUGGUACCACAUUGCCACAGCAUUGCAAGACAUGUAUGUGAAAAGUGAAACUUCCUCACAUGGCUGCUUCUGUACAUGUUCGGUGGGUCUAAUGUUGUCCAAUCACCUAACAUCACUGGAGCCAAAUGACACUUGUAAAGAGACUUAUUAUGCCUAUUGUUUUUGACCAUGCUAGUAGAGAAUAAUAUAGCACUGACCUUAUGUACAAAUAGUAAUGUAUAGCAACAGACUGUUCUUAUUUCAAUGCAUUAUCUGCUGCAUUAUCUUUGAAGCUAAUGGGUCUGACUUGGUGUGCAGAAGUAAGCUCAAAUGUUUUGAUAUUUCGUUCAUAUGUUUUUAAAAAAACUGUCUGAAUUUUAUGCUUGUUUAAUACAUUUUGAACAUUAUGGUACACCCGUUUCACUAAACAAUGAUAUGUGACAUUUUUACACAGUUAAUAUUAUACCUUUGGUAGGUUUCUUUGUUUUACAGAAGUCAUGUCAUUGCUUUGAAAAGAUUGGGAACUACUGGUAUAAAGCAACCAGUAAUUAUGUUAAUAUUCUCUCCAUGUAACCUUUUUACUGUUGAUAAUUUUGUACUUAAUUCCUUUACUUUUUGACUGUUAGUUUUAUUUAUUGUUUUCCAGCCUUAGAUUUUUAUAAUUAAAGAUUAUCAGGA